CAAAAUACAGGCGACAGUUUACUGUUUCGCGAAGGGAACUCGUCGAUUCCGUAUUUAUUUUCCAUUUCACGAGAGAAAACUACCGAAGAACCCGCGAAUCUAGCUGCGAACCGUGAUGGCUGCUGUAACCGAGUGUUUUAGCAUUGGAAGCAUAGUCGCGUGCACGACAUGUUUCAACCAGGAGAUUGUCGGCGAGGUCAUGGCGUUCGAUCAACAGACAAAAAUGUUGAUUUUGAAGUGCGACACGACAGAAGACUCAAAGCUCAAGGAUGUCUAUUUUGUGAAUCUGGAUUUCUGUUCGAACGUUCAUGUUCAAGUUGAAGCACAAUUACCGCCUGAUAUGCCGCCGUCUCUGAAUCUGCAACGGUUGAGUACCCGAGUUCGCAACAAAGUCGAGGAAAAAAAGCGAUUAGUGUCAGCAUUGACUGCUGGAGUCAGUCCCGAAGGUCAACAACUCUAUUUGGCCAUUACAAAACUUGUGGAUCAAGUAACAUGGGAAGGUCCUAAUAUAGUCAUAAAUCAGGAUGUUUUCAUUACGCCUCCUUAUACGGUAGAUAACGUCAUUGGCAAACCCGGCUCAAGAGAACGACAAAUUACUUACAUUAAAAAACUCGUCGAAAGAUCAACAAGGAAAGAAAAUUCUGCAUCGCCACCCCUAACAGCAACCAAUAAUGUCGGCAAAAAAUCAUUUUAGUGAGAGUACCUAUAGCAUGUAAAAAAAUUAAAAUAAAAAAAAACAAAAAAAA